CUAUCCACAGUCACAUGACCUGCAGUGAGUCACGUGAUCAGGGCUCCAUUCUCGCCAUUUUGAGUCCAGAGUGAAGCACUUUUUAUACUACAGAAAUAAAAAGGCAGCGCAUCACGAGCUCCGAGGCCAAAGAUCAGACAAAACUGCCGCAUCAGAAUGGAGGACAGCAGUGGAGUCGCUGUCCUUGUGCCUCACUCUAGAGGCCAGCAGGAUACCGUCUUCAUUCCCGACAGACGUCUUCAUGGUGCCGAGGACCAGGAACGGCAGCAGCAAAAGCAGGCUGCAGACUCUCUCAUUCAGGUCAUUGAGAAGCUCAGCAAGAUUGUGGAAAAGCGGCCCAGACGGUGUACCGUCUCUGGGAAAAAGAGACCCUUGGUGACCUGUGCUUCUGUACCUGUUCCAGACAGCAGGGACAGCACAGAAGUGGUCACCCCUUGUAAGAGAUCCAGAGAACUAAGGGAUGACCGCUCAACGGUCACAUGCUACCAGUGCAGUAUGUGCAGAUUUAUCUCCCCUAGAUUGGAGCUGUUGAAAGAGCAUCUGCUACUUCAUGAUGAGCAGCACAGUGACCUCAUCCUCAUGUGCUCCGAGUGCCAGUUCACUUCAAACCAUCAAGAGGAACUGGUGGCACAUAUAAGGCUCCACCUGGAGGAGGGCGAUCAUGCCAGACACAUCCUAGAUGAGCAAGCAUCAGCAAGGAGCGUUCACCAAAGGAUGGGAGUUUUGAAGGCAAGCGAUUCGGAAUCAGAGAAGACGUCCACUCCCAAGAAGUGGUACAGCUUUGAGCAUGGCAGGUACCGUUGUCUCAUCUGCAACUACGAAUGCAGACAACAACGCAAUCUGAAGACCCAUGCAUGGAAACACGCUGGCCUGGUUGAUUGCUCGUACCCCAUAUUUGAGGACGAGACGGACUGUCCUGGUACCCUACAAAGCUCCAGUCCUCCUUUGGUUCCAGCAGGUAAAGAGGAUACCAUAGUGGUCCUCGCAGCUUUUGGAGGAAAACCUCAGACCAUUCAUGGCUCCUCCAGCCUCCAGCUAGAGCUGUGUGCUUCACCAGAACUGAGGUGUCAUGGGGAGGAGGAAGCUUUGAAAACAGUGGAGACCAAACUCCCAAUGAUCAGUCAAGCGUUUUCUCUUAAAGUCCCAGAGGAGCCUUUGGUGGAGGUCCAGAUGACACCAGAAGCCCAAAUGGAGCUGGAGUUGGAGACCGAGAACCAACAGGCAAGCUCUGACAGCCUCCUGUCCUCUGCGCAGAAGAUUAUUAACUGCAGUGGGAACAGUUCCGGCCACGUCAACGUCAUCGUGGAACGCCUUCCCUGUGCCGAGGAACCGGUGUCCAGCAAACCUUUGCUCCUCAGCCCAGAAGUAGGAGGAGACAAGACCCUUCUUUCUUCUGAGGAGUCAGAGAGCCAACACAUAUACUAUAAACAAAAGGAGGAGGUUAUGAUCACGUGGAAUGGAGUAGAUCAACAACAAGAGGAAGAGUCAGUGUCUUCAAGUUCUCCCUCAGAUGAAAACGUGCCACCGGUUCGGAGGAGGACUUACUCGGAGUCUCUUCGGCUGCAUUCUUUGGCAGCCGAGGCAUUGGUGGCCAUGCCCAUGAGGACCCCAGAGCUUAGCAAAACCACUGCAAAAGCUAUCCAUGACCCGAGUACUCAAAGCCCUGACACGGGCCAGGGAAUUAUAGAGAUUGCUGACACUGCCAACUCUAAGGUGUCCUCGGGAGAGCUCACGGCUGCUAUUGGGGAUCCAGGUGCUCUUCUCAAUCUUGGCCUCCAGAGUUCAAGAGACUCUCGAGAUGUGCUGGUCGAGGGACCCUCCAAAGCUGGAAUCAGCAUGUCUCUUUUGACUGUCAUCGAGCGACUGCAAGAGCGUUCUGACCAAAACACUUCAGACGAGGACAUUCUGAAAGAGUUGCAGGACAAUGCCCAAAGCCAACAUGGAGGUGGAGUUUCUGGGGGUGCUGCUGUGCCUGGCGACAUUUCCACUACAGACGGUCUGGUGGAUUAUAUUGCUGGGAGCGAAAGGCCCUACCGCUGUCGACUCUGUCUGUACAGCAGCGGAAACAAAGGUUACAUAAAGCAGCACCUACGUGUUCAUAGACAAAGAGAACCCUAUCAAUGCCCAAUCUGUGAGCACACAGCCUGUGACAGUAAGGACCUGGAGAGUCACAUGAUCCACCACUUCAAGCCUCGCAUGUACAACUGCAAACAGUGCACUGAACGGUUCCACUACAAGAGUCAGCUGAGAAACCAUGAGAGAGAUGGGCAUGGGAUAGAUGACAUCAGCAGCACACUGACCCACGUCACUGAAAGAACAGCAAUCAUUGAAGAGCCAGUCAAGAUAACAGAUGAUGAUUCAGUUGGUGAACAGAGCGUUUUCAAAUGUGAUGUGUGCGACUACACCAGCUCCACGUAUGUUGGGGUGCGCAACCAUCGGCGAAUCCACAGCUCUGAUAAACCAUACAGGUGCUGCAGCUGUGAUUUUGCCACAACUAAUAUGAAUAGCCUGAAGAGCCACAUGAAGAGGCAUCCACAGGAACACCAAGCCAUGCAGCUGCUGGAGCAGUACAGGUGCUCUCUGUGUGGUUACGUGUGCAGCCACCCACCAUCUCUCAAAUCCCACAUGUGGAAACACGCAGGAGAUCAGAAUUACAACUAUGAGCAAGUCAACAAAGCCAUCAAUGAGGCCAUUUCCCAGAGCAGCCGAUCUCCUGCUGCACCUCUGAAGUCAGCACAUGAGACUGUCUUGAACAGAAGAGACAAACCAGAGGGUAAUAACCCCGUGAGGUCUCAGGCCGGUGGAGCUGUGCCCUGGCAGAGCGGCUCGGAGCAGACACGGCCAGGUAUGGAAUACUGUGUGCUGCUCUUUUGCUGCUGUAUCUGUGGCUUCGAGUCCAGCAGUAAAGAGCAGCUGAUGGAGCACAUGAAGCAGCACGAAGGAGAUCUGAUCAGCAUCAUACUGAGCAAGGAGCAGCAGGGAAACCAGCCCACAGAGACCAGCAGCAGCCAGUGAAGCACACCUUUUCAUACACACUGUUCUUCUGUCAUUUCUGCUUGAACAGGCAACAUGCACAAUCUGUCAGUCUCUCUUUGUAUUGAUAUUAGUAGUUUCCGUUACCUUUAUUGACCAUAUGUGAAUCAAAUAGUUAACCAAUGCAAAUGUAGUACUUCAGUAGUUCAGCAGAGGAAAGGGUUUUUAGAUUUCAAAGCCAUCGUAUACCUCAUCUGUUGAUGAUCUACAAUAUAAAGUCCACACAUGAAAAUGAGGCAGCUUCUCCAGUUCACUGUAAUAGUAUUUAUAUCUAUAUUUCUUAUGUGCAUUUACUUUUAAGGCAGCACUUGCCAUGUCAAAUUUCAAGUGUAGAGAGACAGAUUUAUUUUUUGCUCUCUAAUGUGUGUCAGUGUUUGCUUUGAUAUUUAUCAAACUAACUUAUUUUAUAUGCAUGUUCCCCUCCGUUAUGUUCAUACAAAAUGAGAAAAUGUUUCAAGUUACGGUCUAAUUAUGGUGCUAUUGGUGAAAUAGAAAACAUAAUUUUUUUCCAAAAAUUGUAUAGAAAUGUUAUAUUUGAGUUGAACUGUGUUCUCAUUGAAACAGUGCUAGUUUAAAAUUGGACACAUUUAAAAAUUAAUAAUUGAAAACAUGCAGUAGAAAAAAAAAAGCGAUAAAAGGAUAGAUGUAUAGAUUAUUUACUAUUAUUUUUAUUAUUAAACAUACAUAUUGAUGUAUCAAGCUUUUAAAAAAAGUUCAAAUGCCAACACUUGAAGACCGUUUCUUCACUUUAUAUUUUCAUAUUCGUCUUUCUUUUCUGUUAUGAAUGUUAUUGCAGGAUUUUUUUGUUUUAAUCUGCUGUAAUGAUAGAAAAGCUAAAAAGAAGCAGUAGUUUAUAGGGUUGUCACAAUACCAGCUAUAGUAUCCUUAUACUAUGUACAUACACACCACUGUACCUCUAUUGCUGUGUGGAUCCAAAGGAUGUUUAUUAUAGUUUAUUUAUGAACUAUUAUUAUAGUUUAAUAUCCUUCUGAAUGUUUUGGAGUGCAGUUCUCGCUGAAAGCCCUAGGGAGUCAAAGUCAAAAUUUAAUCUUGUACAUUUAUAUCUUUAAUAAUGCAUUUGAGCAUUAUAAACAAACCCUAUAACUACAAUAUAAGUCUUCAAUAUUUAGUUUAUUUUCCUUUUCUUUAUAAGACCGUGUCAAAUUACAAAGUAAUUCUUCUUAAAUUCCCAUAUUGUGUUGCACUUUCUGUGUGAACAGCUCCUGAAGCACUGGACUUAAACACAUGCCAUUGCUGAAUAUGAGCCAUGCUUGCCGCUUCACAGUGGAGUUGAGCUUAAAGGGAUACUCCAGCCCAAAAUGAAAAUUGUCAUUAAUCACUUAGCCCCAUGUCGUUCCAAACACAAUUUAAGAUAUUUUGGAGGAAAACCAGGAGGCUUGCAACUGUCCCAUUGACUGCCAAGUAAAUUACACUAUCAAGGCCCAGAAAAAUAUGAUAGACAACAUCAGAAUAGUCCAUCUGCCAUCAGUGGUUCGACCUUAAACUUAUGAAGCGACGACAGUAAUUUUUUUUAUGCAAAUAAAAGAAAAAUAACAAUUUUUUUUUUUUUAUUUAUUUGUCUUUUCUGUGCCUCUCCGCUGCUCCUGUGUCAGACGCGCAACAAGGAUGCACUGUAUUCUUUCAAAUCAAUGCACAAAUACACGUAGAAAACAGCGCAACCUUGUUGCACGUUCGACACAGAAGCGUGUAUGCAGCCUGUGCUACAGUGAUGAGGAGAGGCACAGAGUAGACAAAUUGUUAAAUAAAGUCGUUAAUUUUGUUUUAUUUGCAUACAGAAAGUAUUCUUGUCGUUUCAUAACUUUACGGUUGCAAUUUUCAUUUUAGGGUGGAGUAUUUCUUUAAGUUGGUCCUGUUACUACCUACUGGAAUGCAGUACAGGCAUUGUGAUACUACAGCAGCGCCUGUAUAUUGAGAAAGUCUAGUAAUUGAGAUUUUGUUUAAUCACUACCUCAGAUUUACUACUUUUUGUCCCCUGCUCUUUUGACCUUGGCUUUAAGGGCCCUCAAUCUGACUUGAAAUGCAGCAUAUUUUCCAAGGGAUGAUUUGAAUGAAGUAAAUGUUUGUAUGUCAACAGUCUAAAAUGCAAAAAUUAGCGAGAUUAAAAGGGCAUCCAUAAUUCAUUCAGGCUCCACACUGCCCAGUGUAUCAGAGAAAUGAACUCUUAGGAAUUAAAUCAUAGGAAUUUCCAUACACGAUUAUUAUAUUCUGAACCUAAUUCUGUACUAAUUUACAAUUCAAACUGCAGAUGACCCGGAAAUGCAUUGUCUGCAUAUAAACCAUUUCUCUGUAUGCAUCAUAAUGAAAAUGGAUAAGAAACUCUGAAACAUUUACCAGUAUUGAAAUAGUUUUCUCACUUUAUUUCAUUGUUUUAGUGCACAGACAUCUGUUGAGUGUUUGUUUCAGAGGAUGUGUCGUCUUGUUUAUGUGCAUAAUUCACACUUGCUUCUUUCCAAGUAAUGGCUUCAAAGAGAGAUUGAGCUUCCUAGAAGGUUCAUUUUUGUUUCAGCUACUGCAUUUCAUUUUGUCUAUCACUCUGCUGCUGUAGUCCAAAUUGAUCAAGAACCCUGUACACAUUGUAUUCCAGCAAUCUUCUAGCCGUGGCUUCUCACUUUACGUUCUAGAACAAUCGCAAUACAUUUGGAAUGUAUUUUUUUCUGAAGAUACACAAUAAGUUUCAAGUAAUCAGCAGGGCCUAGUAUUACAAUUGUGUUGUCUUUCACAGUGAGUCAUAAGAUUUUGGUAAUCAUCACAAGGACAGCAUCUCCACCACAAGUGUGCCUUCCAUUUCAACAGCCUCAUUUCUGAAUAAGCUUCAGUCGAAUUCAGAAGAAUAACAUAAAUCUUAAGCCAGUUAUUCUCAAUGCAUCAAGUGCUUUGGCAUCUUAGAUUUUGUAUAAUGUGCCCUCAAAAACUGUGUAAUGUAUUCGGACACAUGGUACUGUAAUACAGUUUUGUAUGGGACGUGCUGUAUAUAUAUACUGUAGAAACUGACAUUUUUAGAGGAAUUCUAUUUUUUAAAACUUGUAUAAACACUACGGAAAGAAAACGAAUCAAAAGAAAAGCAAAUGAAUCAAAAAUGACCUUUGACUUGCCAAAGUGCAUCAAAAAGGGUCUUUCCUGUGUGUAAGGGAACGGUUGGCAUUGGAAACUCCAGAAGCACAAUGUGUUUCAUGCUGCGAUGCCAAAGGAGAGAAAAAAACUUCGAAAGGCCUCUCAGUGCUAUUUUCCUUUUCAAGUACAGAGGUCCAAAGGGCCCUCUUUUUAAUAUUAGUGUUCCGUUCUUAUUUAUUUGUUCUUUUGAAACUGUAAUGUAAUGAUUUUUUGCCAGUGUAUUUUUGGUAAUAAAGUAUGAACAAGUCA